AUGUCUGACGAGAGCAAAGGCCCCCUCGGCGGUGUGACCGAUACCGUCGGCAAGACAGUUGGCGGCGUGACCGACACCUUGGGUAGCACGGUCGACGACCUGGGAAAGACCGCCGGCGGAGCCACUGAAGGCCUCGGGCAUACUGCCUCCGGUGCGACAGGUGGCAUCGGCCAUACAACCGAGGAUGCUGGACAGGCUGUGCAGGGUACCGUCCAGGGUGUUGGGGGACAGAAGCAGGAUGAGGACAACCCACUUGGUCUCAACAACGCCUAG